AUGAUAGCUAGUAACGAUAUAUCUAACAAACACAAAAUAGAAAUAACAAAAUUAACAAAGGAUGAAAUGUCUUUUAUAUUAUAUAAUAGUAAUUCUGGUUUAGCAAAUGCAUUAAGAAGAAUUAUAUUAUCAGAAAUUCCAACAUUAGCCAUUGAUGUUGUUAAUGUUUAUGAAAAUACUAGUCCAUUUCAUGAUGAAUAUUUAGCUCAUAGAUUAGGUUUAAUACCAAUUGAUAGCAGAAAUGUAAACAAUUAUGAAUUUAGAGAAAAAUGCAAAUGUAAAGAGACUUGUUCUAAAUGUACUAUUCAAUAUGUAAUUGAAGUAAAAUGUAACAAUGCAAAUAAAAUUGAUAUAUCUCAUUAUGAUAUUGAAUCAUUAGACCAUGAGCCAAAUAUUCCUAUGCCUAUACCACAUGGUAAAAAAAAUACAAAAAGGGAAAACGCCAUUCCAAUUGUAACAUUAUCAAAAAAUCAAACACUACAUAUGAAAUUAAUUGCUACAAAAGGAAUAGGGAAAAUGCAUGCGAAAUGGAUUCCUGCUAAUGUAUCUUAUAGAAUUGAUCAUAAAAUAAAAAUUAAACAUCACUUAAUUGAUAAAUUACCUCAAAGUCAUAAAUUAAUGUUAGCUAAUAAUCUAAAUAAAGAUUGCUAUGUUUUAAAAAACAUUGAUGAAGAUAGGGAUGUGCAAUUAAAGUUAAAUGAAAACAUGUCUGUUGUUAUGGCAGAAAAUUGUAUUGAAAUUUUGAAUGAAUUAGGUUAUAAAGAUGUAAUAAAAAUAAUUUAUGAUGACACAAAAUUUCAUUUUCAUAUAGAAUCUGUUGGUUCGUUACCUCCCGAGCAAAUCGUAGAAAUGGCUUUAGAAGUUUUAGAAAAUAAAUUAAAAAAUUUAGAACCACAAAUAAAAUCAUCCUUCUAUUCCAUCGAUGAAGUAGCUAAACAGUUAAAAGAACAGGGAGUUUCUUUAUACGGAAUUCAACUAGAUUUAGAAUAA